CAAUAACAAGAGCAUCGGUACUCAUCAAUAAUAGGAGUACCUUGCUGAACUCCACACCGUGGGUAGAAGAGAAAAGAGAGAGGGGGUAGCUGGGUGUGUAGGCGAUACAGAAAUGAAGAUGUCAGAUCUUUCCCCAAGUCCUUCAGUUCUUUCCCCAAGCCCCUCAGAUGAUUCCUCAUAUGAUGAUUCCCCAUAUCUCUCAGAAUAUCUGUUUAAGUGGAAUGUAUGGGAUAUCCGGGCGUUUGUGCUCUUGAGUAUGUUUCUUCAUUGCUUCUUAUUCGCAUGUGCAUCCGAAAGAAGACGCACAAAUAAGACUUGGCUGCUGACACUCAUCUCUUCAGCUUACUUUCUCGCCGACUGGGUCGCUCCAUAUACAAUCGGACUCAUCUCUGUAAGACUCAGCAAAAUUUGUGAUUCUAACAGAGCCAGUCUCAACGAAUGUCCUUUUAAAAUCCCAGAUGAGAAUUUGUGGAAUUCCUUAUUUAAAUGUAGCCCUCAUGGAUACGAAAGUCCUCAUGGAUACGAAAGUCCUUAUGGAUAUGGAUACAAAAGUCUUCUUGAAUACGAAUGUCGUCGUGGAUAUGAAAGUUACCAAUAUGCGGUUACCACUUGGUAUUUAAGAUUGUGGGCACCAUUUCUCCUGCUCCACCUCGGUGGCCCUGAUAAUGUUACGUCUCUUUCCGCUGAAGAAAAUAAUAUGUGGCUUCAGCAAUUGAUUCGGCUGAUUUCGCAAAUCGUGUCAACUAUCCUUAUUUUCAUCCGAUUUGCGCCCUACUUCGGAUUCAAUUGGACUUCACAUCUGAUUUUUUUGGCGGGAACCAUAAGAUGUAUGGAGCGAGUACAUUCUUUAUAUUUAGCUCGCUCUGGAGGCUUGAAAGAAUCCAGCGCCACUCGAGUAAAGCUGCAAGCCGGGCCUGACUUUGAAAUACUUUCUGAGGCACAACGGGCAAUGAGAGAGGCCAACCUCCCCACCCAAGUGGAGCGUGUGCAGUUACCUCCGAAGAAAUUCAAGCCUCAUUCUCCGAUUGUACGGGAUGUGGAAUUAGUAUUCGAUAUUGAUAAUGACGAACUGGACCAAAAAUCAUUGCUGCAGUUCGCCCUUUGCUUCUACAACAACUUCAAGGGACUCUUUUUCGGACGAGUCACUUACAGCCACGAGCAACGUCACUUCACUCGCAAUUUCUUUCUCAGAAGAAGUAGCCGUGAUGCUUUUAAGUUGGCAGAAAUUGAACUUAGUUUCAUACAUAAGGAUCUCCAUACCAAGACUGGAACACCACAUGUCGAUGGCAACCCAUUAGCGCGUAUUAUUACCUUCUUGUUAAUCAGUGUUGCAGCUUUCGGAUUAUAUCGGAUAGGGGAGAUAGGUUCAUUAGUUGAUAGCGGCAUCAGCUAUGCCUUGAUCUUUGGAGCUUUAAUCAUCGAGAUUGUCUCUCUCCUAAUGGUCCUAUUGUCAGGCAGGAAUGUAAUUGCAUUCAAUUACUACAACUUGGUAAGACCUAUUGCUAAUGCAAUGGUCAACACGCGCAAGUGGUCAGAAUAUUUCUCAAAGUGCAAUUUCAUUUGUUAUUAUCUUCAUCACAGAACCCCACGUCAAAUGAGUUUUAUAGCAGAGUUUCUAUUCAUUGGGCCUGCUCUGGAGGCUUGGAAACUCAAAAGAACAGUCACCUCAGUUACCGUUUCGAAGCCUUUGAAGGACAAGAUUUAUACAGAGCUGAAAACGAGAUCAGAGCUAGCGCAGAACGUAGAAAUUGCAACAAAGAUAUGUUCACAAAGGGGAGAUUGGAUUCUCAUGCAAAGAUCUUGUUAUAGUAAACUCAAAUGGAGCCUUGGAGAGGUUGAGUAUGGACAUAGCUUCUUGCUAUGGCACAUUGCUACGGAUCUUGUAUGCUAUAACGCCAAAGAUUGCGAUAACGAUGCUUCGAUUGGCGACCGCCAGUUCUGUAAGGAUAUUUCAGAGUACCUGCUAUAUCUUUUUCUGGCAAAGCCCACCAUGAUAGCUCCAGCUGCUGGUAACUCGGUAAAAAUCUUUCAGGACACGUCCCUAGAGGCUAAGAGAUUAUUUCGCAAAAGAUCAAUAACAGACCAUGACCAAGCCUGUCAAGCGAUUCUUUCUGUGAAUACCGAUUUUAAACCAGCUAUUCUGAAAGGAGAUGCAAGCGAAUCUGUGUUGUUUGAUGCAUGUAUACUUGCGAAGCAGUUGGCGGGAUUCAAUGCAGAUAAGCGGUGGAGUCUAAUGAGCGGGGUAUGGAUGGAAUUGCUUACUUAUGCUGCAUUCCAUUCUAAAGGGACUGACCACGCACAUCAGCCGGGCCAGGGAGGUGAGCUUCUUACUUUUGUUUGGUUAUUGAUGAACCACUUGGGUCUAGGUAAGCAAUUCCAACAAGAGCGUGUGCGGACUGGAUACAGAGUGCGUGUCAAAAAAUAAGAUUGCAAAGGUAAACUGGAAAACAAUUAGGGAUGGAUACAUCAUCUUGAGACACAGGGGAUGAUGCAUCUCUCUUAUGCUUUUUAUUGUUGUCUAAACUGAAAGCUCUCAUGCUUUCGGGUGUAGUUGUAGGUGUUGGGUCAUGUUCUUUUCGUCGGGUGUGGGUGUUGGGUUUUGGUUUUUCGCUGGUUUUUAGGCUGUAUCUAUGGCUUUUGUGGUGCUUUGGUUGUGGAGCUUUAGGUGUGUUUCCAUGGUUUCAGGUGUGUUGAUGCGGAUGGUCUCUUGCCAUCCUUUGGUGUUGAUUUUCGGGUGGCGUUUUGCCGAUGUGUCCGAGAUUCGUUUAAUAUGUGUAAUCUUCUUCAAAGAUUAAUAUAUAUAAUCUCAAACAAAAUAAAUAAAGAAAUUUUUUUGGUCAAAA